AUGCCGCUGUUCGGUAAAUCCCACAAGAAUCCCGCCGACAUCGUCCGGACUCUGAAGGAGAACAUGGCCAUCCUGGUCAAACAAGACAAGAAAACAGAAAAGGCAUCAGAGGAGGUGUCUAAGUGUCUUGUGGCCAUGAAGGAGAUACUAUAUGGGACCGGUGACAAGGAGCCUCACACAGAGACGGUGGCCCAGUUGGCCCAGGAGCUCUACAACAGCGGCCUGCUCAUCUCCCUGGUGGAAAACCUGCAGGUCAUCGACUUUGAGGGGAAGAAGGACGUGUGUCAGAUCUUCAACAACAUCCUGCGGAGGCAGAUCGGCACCCGCAGCCCCACCGUCGAGUACUUCUGCUCUCACCAAGAGGUGCUGUUUGUGCUGCAAAAAGGGUAUGAAACCCCUGGGUCUGCGCUGAACUGUGGCAUCAUGCUGAGGGAGUGUAUCAGACACGAGCCACUGGCCAAGCUGGUUCUCCACUCAGAACACUUCCAGGACUUCUUCAAUUACGUAGAGAUGGAGACCUUCGACAUCGCCUCAGACGCUUUCGCCACCUUCAAGGACCUGCUCACAAGACACAAGGUCCUGGUAGCUGAAUAUCUAGAACAGAAUUAUGACGCAAUCUUUGACCAGUAUGAGAAGUUAUUACACUCUGAUAACUAUGUGACAAAGAGACAGUCAUUAAAGUUGUUGGGAGAGCUUCUGUUGGACAGGCAUAACUUCACAGUAAUGACCCGGUACAUCAGCAAGCCUGAGAACCUGAAGCUGAUGAUGAACCUACUGAGGGAUAAGAGCCCUAACAUACAAUUUGAGGCCUUCCACGUCUUCAAGGUGUUUGUGGCGAACCCCAACAAGACACAGCCCAUCAUAGACAUCCUGCUGAAGAACCAGCCCAAACUCAUCGACUUCCUUAGCAACUUCCAGAAGGACCGCAUGGACGACGAGCAAUUCAACGACGAGAAGACCUACCUAAUCAAACAGAUCCGAGACCUAAAGAAACCCGCCUCUUAAAACCUUACCCCCAUUAGUCCCCAAAACCCUUCCCCUUAGCUAUGACCUUUACCCUAACCUUUACUUUUUAUUGUCGACAAAAAAUACAUUGACAAUAAUGAUUCAAUUUCUUAAUAUCGAAGACAUUGUGUCUUUUUCUUGGUUCCUUAAACUUUGCAGAGAAUAGUUCGUAAUCAGAUUUUUUUUCAUUGUUUUUACUUUUAAAUGAACCCUUUUCUUAUUAGUGUGUAGUGUUCCAAAACAGGAAGGGGAUUUCCUCUCUUGGGGGGAACCAAUGCUUAGAGACCUCUAGGUGAUUGGCUGAGUGAGCUGUGGAGACCACUGGUCAUCACUUUAAUUGUGCAAAUAUUUUUCCGCACAUGUUCUCUUUUCAUUGCCACUUGCAGGCACGAGCCAGCUAGAUAGUUCUGACUUCUUUCUAAUACUCUCCUAAUCUCACCACAAUACAACUGAAGUAUCCAGAAUCAUAGAAGGAAUUGCUAUUUCUCUAUUAGAGGAUCGAAAUGGUAUUCUCAAAUGUUCCGUAGAACUCCACUGCAGACUCAUAUUCCCUGCUAGUCUUACUCCUGUGGUUGUACUUCCACUAUUUACACUUAAGUUAUGUUUCAACGCUGUAGUAGGUCCUCUGACAUGACAACUCUAAAUUUGAUCUUACAAGGAACAUAUUAGAUGUCUGGUGAUCAGCAGGACCAUUAUUUUACUGCUAACCUUCAUAUAGAAUAUGACUUAUCAAUAGUUUUGAUAAUUGAUUCUCCACAGAUGGCUGGUAGCACUUUCUGUAUCAUUCAACGCUAAAGGAGCGAUUCCUUGUUUGGUUUAUUUUAAGCUGAUGAAGUAGUUUCCUGUUCAACAGGAUUCUAUCGUGAUGAUUAAAAAAGUUUGUCUUGUGUAUAAUAGCUGGUUUUAACCCAUAAGUAAGUGCCAUUGCAGGUGACAGAAAUCCAGAUUUUUUUCUGUACAAUAGUGAUUUCUUUAACUUGUUUUCUUAUUUAGAUGGUGGAGGGGGAUGGUUGGAACACAUUAGCAGUAGGGGUACAUAGGUGCCUUUUGUUUUCCCUUUUUUGUAUUUUAAAUACUUUUCUAGGAGGAGCUUAAUUCUUAUUUUGAAAAAUAUGGUCUGGUUGAACAUAUUAGUCGUGAUUAAGCAAUGAACCUUGAACUCACUAUAUUUGAGUUGUGCAGUUGAAAUAAUAUUUUAUUAUAAACUUAUUGCAGCUCAUUGAUCGCAUCAUAAAACUAGGAACCAGGAGGCCAAAACUCAGGACUAUGAUUGUCCAGGAAAGUUAACAUUCCAGUAAACUGGAUAAGGUAGAAGAAGCAUCUUGCUCUGAAUAUAUAUAUUUUUUGACAUGUAGCUUGUUUUGGGGGAAAUCUAAAUUAAAAUAACCUCAGACAAAUUGAGCCAAUGCAUAUUUUAAUCGUGGUGGUUGAGCUUACAUCUAAAUUGAAAAUAUGAACUAAUUAAUAUGGCUCUUCAAUGUAAUAUUGAAUAAUGCAUGUGAUGGGCACCAUGCCACAGACAAGUGAUUGUUCUUUAAAUUGCCAAAUACUUUUUUUUUCAAGUGUUAGAUUGGACUUGACACACAAGGGAUAGUAUCCUCAAUGCCCUUGUCGUUUUGGUGAAACUCAGUCAUUCUGGCCCUGUUCUAUAUCUGGUGCUAACAUGCAAUCUUGACCACAUUUCUAGACCAGUGUAGACAAUAAUUAAUUGUGAACAGAUCUUCCCGACCACCUCUCGAGGUAGCCGGGGACAAAUUGAUUAGAUGAAAGUUCAGUGGGCAGAGCUGUGUGACAUGUCACUGGGUGGAGUUUACAAGUAAAGACGUGUUUCAGGGAGGUGGAGUGCUUGUGGGAGGGUGUUAGAACAGGUUGCGACAGAUGGUGUUGCCAGUUUGAAUCCAAAUGCAGCUUUUAUUGUCCAACCUACUUAAAUGUUUUAGUACAUAUCUACUGACAUUCUAAAAUGACUAACGGAAUGAACAUCUUUAUAAAAUGUACACCCAAUCCUUCAAGAAUUCUGUCAAGAGGGCAGAUGGUGUAACAAAAAAAAAUAUUUCCACGAAGUCCAUCUGAUAAAGGUAGGCUCCCAGGGCAGCAGAAUGUUGAACAUAUACUUCUGUUCUAGAUGGUGCCCUCCCUCCUGCUGGUGCUGUGGACUAGGACCACAAGGUCACAGGUUCAAGUCUUGCCAUGCCAAUGACCUUUCUCAAGUUAUAUUUUGAACCCUAGUCCCUCCCUGUAUUCAAAUGAUGAGAUUCCCAAUGUUAAGACAUAUUGAUCCCUUGAAUCAAUGAUUUGAGGGACUAUUUAAAAUGGUUUGACAAUCCAGAUCUGUUUCCACUUGUAAGAUAUCAAGAUACAAUUAGUCCUCGAUGGCCUCUGGAGGUAGUCAGGAAGAAUCACCAUCAAUAAUUGUAAUAUUCUACACGGGUCUAGAAAUGGUCACAAUCAGAAUAUGGACAAGAUCAAGACACAGGACCCAUGUUAACGCCAGGUAUAAACGGGGCUUCGAAUGGCAAACUGACAUUGUUGGAUUAAAAUGUUAAACAAAAGAGACUUAAAAGAUUCAGGCUGUAUCAGAAGGAACUUACACCUAAGCCAAAACAUAUUUACUUAACAUACUGUACUAAAGUAAUAUUGACCCUUUUCAACCAUGGGAUUUAAUUUUUUUUUUAUCACAUUGAUACUACUGCACCACAACACCAAUAAAAGAAAUGCAUACAUAGUU